GAGUUGCUACCUCAUUUGAGCGUUAGUCUAAAAACACGUCUGCCAGGCUGACCAAAACGUGUGAUGAAACAGUGACGGUGCUCGUAUUUCUUAGUGCGUGUGAUUUCGUGUUAGCUUUUAAAGAAGUAUCCACCGCAACAUUUAGUGACCAUUAUGAUAACAACAUCGCCCCAUGGAUCCAGUGGAACGGACACCCCACCCUCAGGGUGCAUUCCACCACUAGUUCCCAAUAGUGGCGCCAAGAACAAUCCUGACCAAUUGAAGCAAUUCACGCACCAAAUGGCCGAGCUGAUGAAUUCUUGGUCUCGAUCCCAGGCCGUAGCCGCAGCGGGAAUGAGUUUGCAUUCUCCGGGGAGCAACGGCGCCACCUCUUCGGCUAUUUUGGAUCCAAGGCUCAGCUACUCUUUGCGAGCGGCAGCAGUGGCAGCUGCAGCCGCUUCCAACUACACCACGGGCAACGGGCCCGCUUCGAGUCGGCCUCAUAUCAGUGGAACCCGCUUCGGCUACCAACACCCAACGAGCAAUCAAUAUCAAAUGCUCCGUGAGUUACAAACUUCGUCAAACCGAAGCCCUGCUCAAGAUGGCAAAGCGAAUAAUCCCAACAGUGCCAACAACAACAUCAACAACAACUCCAACAACGUCAUCAACAACAGCAACAACAACAACAACAACAAUUCCAUGGUGAACCCAUCGACGUUGUUUCGGUGCUCCGUGAUUCCGUGCCCGUGUGAUCGCUUUCAACCCAAGGAGAAGGGACCUCGAUGCUGCGACCGCUGUGGUCAUGGAUGGACCGCUCAUGCUUUGGACAAGCUCAACCUCAGCCACUUCUACAACGCGGCCGCGGUUGCUGCUUCAGGCCCUGGAGGUGGGGGUAUUGGGGUGGAGGCAGUCAACCCUAAUAUCGUCUUCGACGUGGCCUCUUUGGUCCUCUAUGGGACGCAUGCCAUUCCAGUGAGGUUGAAGAUCCUAUUAGAUCGACUAUUUUCAGUUCUUCGGGAAGAUGACGUGGUUCAAAUCCUCAAAGGCUAUGGCUGGACCUUGGAGGACUAUCAGCGUGGAUACAUACUCAAGGAUCAUCAUGGAGCGCCAUUGGAGCGUUGGACUAUGUGUAAUAAAGAGGAGGAACCUUUGGUUUUGCAACAAUUCCUUCGCUUUGGCGAAACCCGCCCCAUCACCCAACAACUUCUCCUGCAAGAGCUGAGUGAUCGGCAAAAUGAAGAACAACGAUCUCGAGCCCAGUCUGAGAUCAAAAAACUCAUCGAUCUCCGAAAUUCCACACGCACCCCUCCCCAAACUCCGUUGUUGCCCGUCAGUCGUCCGCAAAGUGUGGAAACCAAGCACGAACCUCUCUCCUCGCCGCUACAUCACACCCGCCCUUCCCCGCAUCAAUCUCCUAAGCCGAAGUUGCACCCACCCACUUCUCCAUCGUCAUCGUCAGCCGCAGCCUCUCCCAAGAUGCCUGAGCAUAACAUAUCCAGUCCUGUCAAUGGGAAUGCCAAGAGUCCUGCAUCCUCACCCUUAAACCGCUUACAGAGCAUGCAGCCCUUUGAUUAUCGGAAAAAUAGCAUGGGAUCCUUCGAUCGCCAUCCGACAGCCGAGGAAAUGCAACGAGCCGCCAUCGAGAGGCCAUUGCCGCCCUCCAUGAGAAUUCCACAUUCAGCUGCGGCUGCGGCCGCGGCAGCUGCAGCUGCAGCCGCUGGAAUCUCGCUCCCAAUGAUGUCCAAUGCAGGAAGUUACCACAACGUCAUCACCAGUAUGGCAAGUCAUGUCAAAGAUGCCUCUUCUAUGAAGAAAUCCACGUCUCAUUUAGACCUCUCCUCUACUCACAAUGCACUAAAUUUAAGCAAAUCAAACGACGAUAACUACACGCCCCACCAUCGAGGUUCAGGAGGUGGGGGUGGCGGAGGCAGUGGCGGAGGAGGCAGUGGUGGUGGCGGGGGCAGUGGCCGAAAGCCUCGUCGUGAGAUCAUUCAGAACGACUCGGACAAUUCGGGCGACGAAGGCCUUGGGGGGUUGAAAGAUGACAUCAAGAAGAAGCUUCAAAACAACAUAGGCACCUCUUUUGUGAGUCCCACCACUGGCAAGAAACGGGUCCGAUGCAAUGUCUGUAUGAAAACCUUCUGUGAUAAAGGGGCCCUCAAAAUUCAUUUCUCGGCGGUGCACCUUAGAGAAAUGCACAAGUGCAGCGUGGAAGGCUGCAACAUGAUGUUCAGCUCACGGCGAAGUCGGAACCGACACUCGGCGAACCCUAAUCCAAAACUUCACACCCCUCAUCUCAGACGAAAGAUCUCACCCCACGAUGGACGUACUCACCAGGGUCCAUAUUUGCCGGGUCUGGCCGCACUCAAUGCAACCAGCCACAUGAAGGAAAUGAGCCACAUCCCUCAAAUGCCCCCAUCGCUCAUGGGCAGUCCAAUGCCCAUGCACGGCAGCCACUUCAAUCCCAACAUGUUGGGCCCGGAUUUUCAAAAUCUUCAACGGCACCAGAUGGAACUCCACCGUCUGCAUGAGCUGAAAAUGAACUCUAUGUAUGCUGGACAUCCCGGAAUGGGCCCUCAAAAGCAUAAAUCUGACUCCAAGUUGGAUUCUGAUGGUGAAGUCAAACGGGCAAGGUUUUCGGAUUCGGAGCCCGAUGAAAGCCAAAAGUUCGAAGACGAUAAGAGCAUUGGUGAAGUGAGCGCCAAAGACGAGUCCUCAUCCGGAAUCUUCUCCGUUGGUGGAGGACGCAAGCGUAAGAAUCAGAACCCCACGAGAAUAACCACCGUGGCCAGAUCCUCGAACCAAAACAACCAUGGGGACGCCAAUGAUAACGACGAGUUCUCAUCCGAUGACGACGAUGAAGGAUUUGAAAACCCAAUGGAUGACAAUGACGAUGAACUCGAGGAUGACGACGAAGAUGACCUGGGAGACAAUGAGAACCUGGGCAAUCGAGGUGGAUCCGGAUCCGGUUCCGCUGGAGGUCAGUCGGACGAGCGCAAGCCCGACGAAGAUGGCCCUUCCGGAGGAUCGCAGUCGGAUCAAAACCAAGACAAGGACAGCCAUACUAAUGACCGAGGGACUGGCAAUUCCAAUAACGGCGGAGAGACCACAAACGGGCAACAAGACGAAGAGAGCAACAACAACAACAACAAUAGCAGUAGUCUAAAACUGGAGGAUACAGAAGACAUUCCCUUGGACGAUGACAACCCAAAGCGAUGCAUCGAAUGUGGCGAGGAGUUCCCCAACCACUUCUCACUUAAAACCCAUUACCAAGACGUUCAUUUGAAACUCAUGCACAAGUGCACAAUUGAGGGCUGCAACGCAGGAUUCCCGUCGAAGCGAAGCCGAGAUCGUCAUAGUUCAAAUCUGAACCUUCAUCGGAAACUCCUUUCAACCUCGUCGCCUUCAUCAGCGAUGGAAGUUGUCCCCCCCAGCCACCCCAAUGGCCAAUCAGAUCUGUUGGGACGUCUUUAUGCCGAGGCUGCGGCUAAGUCCCCCAACCCGUAUGGUGUCUUUCCCAACUCAAACUUUCUGAACGUAUUUGCAGCCAUGGCCGCAUCCUCGCAUUCAGGGGCCUUGUCAGGCAAGGGGAACGCGUCCUUUGACAUGGGCGAGCAAUUAAAGACAUGGGCCUCACUGAACGGAUUUCCCUCAUCCAUGACGCCUCCAGGGUCAACCAAUCGACUUCUGGCAGAAGUUGGAAACACUUCCUAAACAAAGCUCUCCUCUACCACUACUAUUACCAUUAAAACUAUAACUACCGCUACUACUACUACUACUACUACUCCUACUCCUACUACUAUUAUUGCUAUCAUUACUACUCCCUUUCCUCCCUCUAGUUGUUAGGCUUGAUGAUUCUGUUCGAUUUCUAGCCCUCCCCCUCCCCCAUAUCUGUGAUUUUCGUAUAUGAUUCUAUUAUUUCUCUGUGUAGAAAUUUUUAUGAAAGUCAAUCGUUCUUCCUCUCAUUGGAAAGCAUGUCAAAGAUCAAUCAACUCACGCAUUAAGGGCAAUCCGAGCAGCAUUUGGAGCUCGGAAUCAUCCUUGUAAAAAUAUUCUGCCACCUGUGCAUACUUAGAGCUAAUUUGUGGAAAAUAAACAGCCUCCCCCAUCUCCAACCCCAAGUUUACCAAUCAAAAGUAUACUCCUACGUUCAAGUCUCAUUUCAAAGCAUUUUGAAAGAUAAAUAACAAUCUUGUCCCGUAUUGUAAAGAAAUAUGAUCACAUGUACUAAAACCCAAGAUUUUUUCGCGCUUUAAAUUUUCCCUCAUUAUUGAUUGCUCUCUAUCUCGCUAUUUCCCUCGCUCAUCUUAUUCAAAUCCAUCAAACAAGAAAAACAUGUUUCUCCACAUCAUGAAGCAGACGAUUGGAUCCAUGAGUAUCAGGAUCAAAAGUAGCAACAAAAGCAACCAACCAAACCAACCAACCAACCAACCAACCCCGAUAUUCCAAGUAACCCAUGAAUCUUUCUUGCCAAAUUCUAGUGUCACGCCUGUUUACACCUCUAUUUCCCGACACGCCCGCCUGGAUCGUAUUAAUAUCUUCUCCAGUUCUCCGGUGGGUGCGAGACCCCUCUCAAUGAUUUGGAUGUCUGGCUUACUUAAAUUAUAUGAUAGUAAGAUGAAGGGAAAUAUUUCGUGUCUAUAUGAUGUUCUUGUCAGGUGAAAACAUGUUUAGAUAAAAUAAAAUAUUUGUUCUUACUCAUCGA